ACAUGAUUUAUGAAAGGAACAGCAAAUACGAUAAUCUUCACAAAAAUUGUAGUAAUAUUAAAACAUAACCAUCGCUUUGAAUUCUCAUUUUGGAUGUAAGAUUCAAUUAAUGAACAAGAAAGGGAAAUAAAACUACCCACGCGGCCACUGUUGUUACCUCGUAAACGUACGUGGACACAAAAUUCAAACCACUUCGCUUCACACUUUCUCCUCUCUUCUUUCCACUUCAUCUUUUUUCCUCUUUUAAAUCACAUCAGAAAACUUUUUUCUAGCCGUCGAUGAGUGAUUUUAGGCGGGAAAUCUGAGAAUAUAAAAUGAUCGAACCGUCGUCGUCGGCAGAAUCGAGCUUCCGAGAGUUGGAUGAAGUUUUCCUGCAGACUCAAACACGGAUAUGGCUGGGAGAGCUUCUAAAUUCGAGAUUGGAUGAGGAUUUGCCUCUCCCCGAUUUGCUUCAAGAUGGAGAAAUAUUGUUUCAAGUUUCUAGAGUAGUGUGGGAAUUUUUGAUGACCAAAUGUAUGGAGGUCAGACAUUUGAAACAUAAAUACGGUCCGUUUGCUUCUAAGAAGAGCAGUGGGAGGUACAGGCCUUACUCCAACGUUGAUUCCUUUCUAAAGAUAUGCAAAAUUCUGGGAUUGAAUGGCAUCGACCUUUUUUCACCAUCUGAUGUUGUGGAGAAGAGAAACAUUCGAAAAGUAUGCAUUUGCAUAAGAGCUCUCUCAAAAAAAGCAAGGUCUAAGCAACUGAGUGUCCCGGAUUUCGACAUGGUUAUAUACUCGGUAACCAUGCCAACUGAUAUGGUAGGGGUGAUAAGAAGGAGCUUAGAGUCGCCACAAUGCACCUUUUCAAGUUCAUCCAGUUAUGGUUCACGUAAGGGCUCAAAAACGAAGCUGAAAAAGAGCAAUUUAUAUGCACCGGACAUCAGAGAUGAUGACUCUAGUAGCUCAGACGAGUCAGAUGAAGCAGAAAGCAGAUACAUGGGUGACAAUUCCUUUUCAUCUCCAAGCAAUUUUGAUAAUGCUGAUGGAGUGAAUUCCGACAUAGAAGAUUCACCUGAAAAAUGUUAUAUAUCUGGACAGUAUAGGACACAAAAUUUCGUGGAAUCAGAUGCCAAAUGCAAAUCUGAUUCUGACAUCGACAAAGAUACUUCUUGUUGCAGCGUUUCUAAGAAAAAAACAUAUGAUGGCAAUUCACAUGUAAACAGUGAAGAGAGACAAGCCUACAGCAAUGGUAAUGCGGAUGUUUCCAAUGUGAACUUCACGCUCGAGAGUGACGAUCCAUACAUGGGAGAUUCUUCAUGCAUCGAGACGGGAGAAAAUAAUUACAUUGCUAAUUAUUUGGCAUUUUCAGAUUUAAUGGUUCAUGCAACUGAUGGCAGUAACUCUGUUGUUCGUGAUGGGGAGAACAAUAUGUUUGAUUUCUUUCUAAAUGUCGAUUCCCAAGGAGCGAGUUUCCACAACGGAUCAGAAAGAGUGUAUUCUGAUGAUGAAGAUUUAGAGGUUUCUUCCACCACUAGUAUGAGCUCUGUGUUGGGCCGGUUGCUCAACUUGGAGUUUGAUAACCAGUUUGAUGAGGAUGAUUCAUCGAGCACGAACGUUCACUCUUCUGCAUCCAAGGAGCUUGAGUCUAGAAAACUCUAUAAAGAUGCACCUGUAUUAUCGGAACCCCCAAAGGAGGGCACAUUUCACACCCAACUAUUCGAUUCACAAGAUGAAUUUAAGAUGGCACCAAGAUUUCUAAAUUGUGUGGAGUAUUAUCAUCCAUCACAGGACAAUGGUGAAACGUCCAUUUUGAAGCUCUCAAAGGAUGAGUCAUGUUGUAAUCAAACCAGCAACCCUGCUGGGAACGGGGUCCAUAGGGUUGUGUUGGAUGCAAAUGAUGAUCCGGAGAGACCUCUUUCUGGUGAAGAUAAUGAAAAAGAGAUUGACGGGGCUAUCAUCCUUGGUUCAGAUGAAGCUACGGUUGACAAUGGGGGAUUGGUCUGUUUAGAAUUUUCAACCAAGAGUAAACUAGUUGAGCCAUCUCAGAUUGCUUCUGGUGACACCAACACAUAUAAUUCUAUUUUUCGAACAAAUCUACAUGAAACUGGUUCAGCCCGUGUGCAAGUCGAAGAUAAUAUUUCUCCCACUGAUGAAAAUUGCGAUCAGGACAAAAGAGAAAAGGAUGAAAGUGAUUCCCAGCUGCCUUCUACGAAGCCUAAGCAAAACCCAUUGCUGAAAACAGUUGUCAAAUGCACGGCCAUUGCUGGUGUCUUAUUUCUCUUGCUACACAUCAGAAAAAGCAACGCGCAUAAUGCACAAGAACGUCGACAAAAUCCUCAGGCAAAGCACAAGGGGUUGAAGCCCUUGUCCGGGAAGCAACAACCAAGAAGUGUAGGGAAAGGUAUAUAUCCAACAGAGAAGCUCAAGUUAUGAAAGUAGAGUUAGGAUGGUUGACAUAUCAUAUAGUAAUUAUCAAAA